AUGUCUAACUUGACUUACGAAGCCAGAGCUCAGCAACAUACAAGUCCCGUUGCCGCCAAGCUGCUCAUGCUGAUGCACGAGAAGGAGACGAAUCUGUGUGCUUCAGUGGAUGUGCAAACCACCAAAGAGUUGCUAGACUUGGUAGAAGUCUUGGGACCUCACAUUUGCUUGUUGAAGACACAUAUCGAUAUUGUACAGGACUUCACAAUGGAAGGAACGGUGAAGCCUUUGAAAGAGCUAGCCAAGAAACACCGUUUCAUGAUUUUUGAAGAUCGUAAGUUUGCGGACAUCGGAAAUACGGUCAAAUUGCAAUACUCUUCUGGAAUCUACAAGAUCGCGCAAUGGGCUGACAUCACGAACGCACACGGGGUGACGGGACCUGGGAUUGUGCAGGGUUUAAAACAGGCCGCUCAGGAGACCACCCAGGAGCCCAGGGGUCUGCUGAUGCUUGCAGAGCUCUCUAGCAAGGGCGCUAUUGCCCAUGGUAAAUACACAGAGGAAACGGUCGAGAUCGCCAAGAGUGACAAGGACUUUGUCAUUGGGUUUAUUGCCCAGAAUGACAUGGGAGGUCGUGACGAAGGUUUCGACUGGCUAAUCAUGACUCCCGGCGUUGGACUUGACGACAAGGGAGAUGGUUUGGGCCAACAAUACCGUACCGUGGACGAGGUGGUUUCCAACGGCUCGGAUAUUAUCAUCGUUGGGCGUGGACUAUUUGCCAAGGGUCGUGACGCUACGGAACAGAGCGCCAGAUAUCGCAAAGCUGGCUGGGAUGCUUAUUUGAAGAGAUGUGGGGGGAAAGCUUAG